CCUAGUUCUCUGGGUACGGCAGCCUAACUGAGCGCUUUGACUUAUAAAAGGUAAGGCGGGGCACAAUCUUUCGUGAAUUUGGCCUCAAAGCUGAGAGACCCAACUUCAAUCUUUGAUUAUCCGCAAGACAAUUGGCUUGCCAACCUCACGAUGCAUUCUCUGACGUCACUACCAACAGAGAUCUUGGCUGAUAUAGUCGCCAAUCUCGGCCCGUCACAGGCAGACCACUUCAACUUCAGACACGAUUACCAACCCGACGUCAGUUUGUAUCAGCUCGCUCGAACUUGCAAAACUCUGCUACCUCUUUGUCUGCCCAAAUUGUAUGAGAUUUGCAAUCUUAAAACUACGGACGGUUUUCAGAGAAGUCGGAGCCUCCUUCGCACCCUCGCUACCAAACCAGAUAUUGCAUGUUUGGUAAAACGAGUCAUUGUUAAUGGAAGCCUGUGGGUGACGAAAGACAUUCAGGAUGGGGUAAUCAUCUCAGCUGAAGAUGCGGAACUAUUCAAUCGCAUUCUAGAGGAAAAGCUUGAUAUGGCCACCGUCACCCCUCUCCGUAAGCUGCAAUAUAAAGAUGAGCUACAAAACGACCACGACCUGCUGGAUACCAUUGGCAAAGCCCUAGCCUGUGUGGCGCUUGCUGUUGUACCCAAUGUCACAAGCAUUAUUUUUUCCUCUCACUACAAGUCUCUUGGAAAUUUCAAACCUGGCUCAUUUCCAGCACUUGAUACAUUCUCGUUGCAGCACGCUGACACUGAAGGGGGUUCUGAUUUUGCAUACGCACAAGGUGUGCUAAAUGUAGCCCCUAACGUGAAGAGAUUCUUUGGUUGGUCUAUCACAUGCUUGCCGAGGAUCCCAUACCCAUCGAUCAGGGAAGUUGUGCUAGGCUACAGCUGUAUUGACUCCGAUGAGGCAGCUCAUAUCCCGACGGCGUUUCCCAACCUGGAGAGAUUUACAUACGUUUAUGGCGGAGCCUGUGUCAGUGACCAUCAAUCAGCGUCGUCUGAAUCACUCUCCGGAGCUCUAAUCAGUCUAAAAAAGACCUUGAAGCAUGUCGAGUUGGGGACGUACGACUUUGAGAUGGACUUGAUUGAAGAUUCUGAUGAUGAGGACCCUGUGAUGAAAAGCCUCUCGCAAAUGGAAGUUUUGGAGACCCUUCGACUACCGUCUUUAUACAUUUGCAAAAUUGACGGCGACGGCGACGACGAAGACUCUGAAUCCAAGAUUGAUCUCGUGGACUUCCUCCCUUCAUCGAUCCAGAGUGUUUAUAUCGAGGGGGCAGAAUCUUGCCAGUUGCAGGACAUGCUAAAGCUGCCAAAGGUGGCGCUGGAGAAAUUUCCCGUCUUGAGACAUGUUACGUUUGCAAGUUUGGAAGAAUCACUGAAGGACGUCGUUCAAGAGGCAUACAACGGCAGUAGAAUCGAGUGCAGUUUUCAAGGUGAAGAAAUCGAUGAAUAUUCAUGUUGCAGUGAAUGAAGGAGAAGAGCCACUAUACCUUACGGACAUAUGGAUUAGGUAAACAUUCCAAAGCUAUUGUUAGAUAAAAUUGAUACGAUUUGAAUCCAUAUUGCUGCUCUG